AUGGUGACAUCUGAAUCACUUGGUCAAAGUAUUGUUGCUCGCAUUCAUCAUUUGCCACAGAUCGAUUCAAUAUUCGUAUUCCGUCGAAACGCAACAAAUCAUGAAGAAUGGACAAAGAACUGGUCCAAAAUUAAAGGUGUUGAAGCCGAUUUUGGCAUGAUUUGUGAAUUAAUGAAAAUCGCUGCAAAUAAUAUCGAAAAAGACUCUAUCGACACCUCGAUUACUCUGAAUAGCAAUGUGACAGAUCGAAACAUGGAUUUUAUCGAUAAAAGUUAUAUGUACACACUUCUAUUGAAAGAAAUUCUUGUAGCUAUGAAACAUGAUAAACGAUCAAUUCAAGCAUUUGUCACCUAUUGUUGCGACUCGCAUGGUAAUGAAUUACCGAAGCAGGAGAUCGAACAGUUUGAACAACAAUAUCAUCAACAUUCACCCAUCUGGUGGUAUACAGCGCCGCAUUUUCUCUACUCAAUGCUUGAAAACUCCUUGCAAACUCUAGAUUUUGAAGCGAUCAUCAAGUUAGGCUUCUUCAUUCAAGAUCUUCAUAAACAAUUAGAAAAACUUCACUCCGAACAGUUCAAGAAAGGCAAAAGAAAAUUAUUGACUGUCUAUCGUGGUCAAGGACUAUCAACAAGUGAUUUAAAAAAAUUACAAUCACUUGUAGGCGGUCUUGUUUCAUUCAACCACUUUUUAUCAACUAGUCCAGAUCGUCACAUCUCUAUUGCCUACGCUAGGCAAGCAGCUGAGGACCAAGAAUCUGUUGGAGUGUUAUUUGUGAUCACUGUCGAUCUAUCGAUUUCAUCGACUCCGUUUGCAAAUAUUCGAGAUUUGCAUUAUUGCUCAGGCCAAGAAUCAGUACUAUUUACUAUGCACAGCGUCUUUCGAAUUGAACGAAUUCAACAAAUAGAUAAAGAAUCUCGAUUUUGGCAAGUGCAACUCACAAUGGUUAAACAUAACGACGGCUAUUGGAGCUCUCUCACCGAAUUCAUGAGAAACGAAAUCCAUGGACCAACAGAAUGCCAUCGAUUGGGCAAUUUGCUUAAAAAAAUAUGCGACUUUGAAAAAGGAUUUAUUUUGUGCACUAUGCCAUUGAAGCAAACUAGUGAUGACUUUGAAAUAAGGAAUCUUUAUCAUCAACUUGGAACGAUUAAAACGGAACUGAGUGACUACACAGGAGCGAUCUCUUAUUUUCAAAACUCAAUUCAACUAUACAAAAAAAAAUCCGCCAUCAACGAUCGUCAUUUAGCUGCGUCUUACACAAGCAUCGGUCUCGUAUAUGCUAAUCUGGGAGAAUAUUCACAAGCAAUUUCAUGGUACGAGAAAGGAUUAGCAGUUCGUCAGAAAAUAUUGCCUACCAAUGAGGCCGAUUUGGCUGAUUCUUACAGUAAGAUUGGUUCCGUGUAUUGUAACUUAGAAAUGUAUAAAAAAGCACUUUCACUCUAUGACAAAGCGUGCAAAAUACGUCAGAAUAAACUCCCUCAAAACCAUCCAGAUUUGGCCAGCUCUUACAGUGACAUUGGUUUAGUAUUGAACAAUGUGGGAAAAUAUUCGAAAGCGCUUCAGUUUCAACAAAAAUCACUAGAAAUUCGAGAUAUAGUACUACCAUCAAACCAUCUUGAUCUAGCUGAUUCUUACAAUAACUUUGGUCUGAUAUACGAUAAUAUGGGAGAUUACUCGAAAGCACUUUCAUUCUUGAAAAAAGGACUUGAUAUUCGACAGCGAAUACAACUAUCGGAUCAUCCGAAUUUAGCUGAUUCUUACAAUAACCUCGGUGUGGUAUACAAUAAGAUGAAAGAUUACUCAAAAGCUCUUUCAUUCUUGAAAAAAGGACGUGAAAUUCGACGACAAAUACAACAUCUGAAUCCGCCGAAAUUAGCUGAUUCUUACAACAACAUUGCUUGGGUUCAUUAUAAAAUGGGAAAAUAUUCGGAAGCAGUUAAAUAUCAGAAGCAAGCAGUCGCAAUCGGAGAAGCUUCAUUGCCUUCAAAUCAUCCUCGUCUACUUUUCUGGAAGCAGAAGCUCAAAAUAGCCCAGCUCAAACAAUCCAAUGACCAGGAUUCCGAUCCAGACUUAAUCAGAUUUUGGCGGAAUUCGAUGAAAACCGAUACUAUCUCAUCAGAAGUUCCUGGUAUCCAGUCAAAUUCGACUAUCGCACUCCUCGUCACUAGAUUCGAUGUUACUUCCGAUAGAAUUCUGACGGAUUAG